UUCACGGCUGAGCUUCUGAAAGCUCAAGCUAAAUUUUGGAACCACAUAUUCACCUUCCCAUACAUGGCCUCUCUCAAAUGUGUAACUGAACUAGGCAUACCAGAUAUCAUCCACAAACAUGGUAAACCAAUGACCCUCCAACAGCUAGGCGAUGCACUCCCCAUCAAUAAAGCAAAAGUUCAGGGUGUGUAUCGUCUGAUGAGGUUUCUAGUUCAUUCUGGGUUCUUCAUCGAGAAAAAGGUUUCCGAGGAUGAUACAAAUAUGGGGUAUUGGCUUACACCGGCUUCUCAACUCCUCAUCAAAGACCAGGCCUUGAGUAUGAUACCAUUUUUACAGUCCUGUUUGAAUCCUAUUUACGUGAAGCCAUGGAAUCAUAUUACUGAAUGGUUGCAAAAUGACGACCACUCUGCAUUCAAGAUAGCCCAUGGAUGCACAUUAUGGGACUAUGCUUGUCGCGACCCAAAGUUCAGUCAAUCUUUAAAUGAAGACUUGUGCGACGACACAGAUAUGUUGAGUAGAAUAAUUAUUAGAGAUUGCAAAAAUGUCUUUGAUAAGAUAAAUUCUAUGGUGGAUGUUGGAGGAAACACAGGAUUUAUGGCCAAAGCUAUUGCAGAUGCUUUCCCGCACUUGCGGUGUGCUGUGUUUGAUCUUCCACACAUCGUUGAAGGCUUGGAAGGUAGUUAUAAGAACUUGACCUACAUCAAGGGAAACAUGUUUGAAUCCAUUCCUCAAGCAGAUGCAAUUAUGCUCAAGUGGAUAUUGCACGACUGGAGUGACGAAGAGUGUGUGCAAAUAUUGAAGAAAUGCAAAGAAGCAAUCCCAAGAAAGGAGAAUGGAGGGAAAGUGAUCAUUAUAGAUAUGAUCGUAGGAAACAACAAAGAGGACCAUCAACACACCGAAACGCAGAUUUUCAACGAUCUAGCGAUGAUGGUUUUUCUCAAUGGAAAAGAAAGAACUGAGAAAGAGUGGGAGAAACUUUUCCUUGAUGCUGGCUAUAGUGGCUACAAGAUUGCAUAUGAUUUAGGAUUGAGGUCUCUCAUUGAGCUUUAUCCUUGAUUUUCAAGUCUCUGAGAAUAGACCAAGACUGGCUCUUAUCUUAAAAUACACGUUUGAGUUAUGUAUUUUCAAGUCUUUGAGAAUAAACCAAGACUGCCUUGGGAUGAUUUCCAUGUCUA